AUGGCAUCAUCCGAUGGAGCGCCGCAAGGAGCGCCUCCUGCCGUCGAGCAGGUCAAGCAAGCAGCAAAGGAACAGCAGAUCGACCCCUACAACGUCAGCGGAGGUGUUGACGAGAAUGGAAACGUUACUGCCAUCGACUACGAGGCUCUCCGCGAGCGCUUCAACACACCCGCCCUGACCCAGGAGCAUCUGGAUCGCUUCGAGCGCGUCACUGGCAAGCCGCCGCACCGUCUGAUGCGCCGCAAGCUCUUCUUCAGCCACCGCGACUUUGACAAGAUCCUCGACUACUAUGAGAAAUACGGCUUCUUCCUGCUCUAUACCGGCCGCGGGCCCAGCUCUGGCUCCAUGCACUUGGGCCACGCCGUCCCCUUUCUCUUCACCAAGGAGUUGCAGGAGAUCUUCGACGUGCCCCUUGUCGUCAUGUUGACCGACGACGAGAAGUUCCUCUACACCCGCAACAAGAACCAGGGCAAGAUCACAAAGGGCGCUGCCCUCGGCGACUUCAUCGAGUACGCAAAACAAAACUGCAAGGACAUCAUUGCCCUGGGCUUCGACCUGAAGAAGACCUUCAUCUACACCGACUACGAGUACAUGGGCGGCCACUUCUACCAGAACAUCACCGAGUUCGAGGCUCUCCUCACAAACAACCAGAUCAGAGGUGCUAUGGGCUUCGACGGCAGCACAAAUAUCGGUCUCAACGCAUACGCCGCCAAGCAGUGCGUUGCUGCCUUUGCUUCCUCAUACCCUACCCUGUUCGGUGCUGGUGACUUCCGUGCUCCCAACUACGAAGAGGCUCGUCCCCGCAAGCACAUUGCCGCCAUCCCCACUCUGAUUCCAUGCGCCAUUGAUCAAGAGCCCUACUUCCGUCUCUUGCGCGAAAACUGCGACCGCAUGGAGUUCCCCGCUCCCAAGACCGCCCUCAUUCUGUCAAAGUUCUUGACUGCCCUGCAAGGUCCUGGCGGCAAGAUGUCUGCCAGUGAUCCCAACUCGGCCAUCUUCAUGUCCGAUACUUCUAAGCAAAUCGAGAAGAAGGUUAACCGUUUCGCCUUCUCCGGUGGCGGUGCCACAAAGGAGGACCACGAAAAGUAUGGUGGUAACCCCGACGUCGAUGUUGCAUACGCUUACCUCUCUUACUUCCUCGAGAGUGAUGACGAACUCAAGGAGAUUGAGCAGAGCUACCGCAAGGGUACUCUUUCUACUGGCGAGCUCAAGAAACGCUGUAUCCAAGAGCUGCAAAAGUUCGUCGAGGCCUUCCAGGAGCGCCGCUCAAAGGUCACCGACGAGAUCAUGCGCGAGUUCAUGACCCCUAGGAAGCUCGAGUUCAAGGGCAACCCCAACGCCACUGCUUCCAUCGAGGAGGCUGUUACCGAGAAGAAGCCCGAGGAGAAGCAAGAGAACACCUCCGGCAAGCUCACAAAGGGCGAACGUAAGGCUCUCAAGAUUGCCGAAAAGAAGGCCGAGAAGUUGGCUCUGAGAGAAAAGGGUCAAGAAGGAGAGGAGCCCAAGGCAGAAGAGGCAUAG